CUAUACUAUUAUGCUAAUGAGGGCCGGGAGCGAGGCCGCCCAUUGGCCCGGCCGCGGAGUCCAUUUCCCAUUUGAAGCCUGACGUCAAGACCGCUAUAAAACUCAGCAAUGCUUUUAAACUCUCCGGCCGGAUGAAACCUUUUGAAAAUAUUUUUCAUCUUCUCGCCGUAGCUUUGGGCUGGAGAGUUUUGAUUUUUGUGUUGUUUUUUUUCUUCCCUUUUCUUUUUUCCUUUUUUUUUUUUUCCUUCACCCCCUUUUCAUGAUUAUUCCGACUCGAGUGACCACGUUGCCUUUUUUUCCUUAUUAUUUUUUCCUUUUUUUUUGAAUUUUUCCUUUUUUUUUUCCUUUUUUUUUUUUUGCGCGUGUGUGUGUCUCUCCUUCCCUCCUCCUCCUCUUUUUUUUUUCUUCCCCCCCCCCUCCUCUCCCCGAUGAAACCUCUCCUGGCUUUGCACUUGGGAUGAAAAAAGACCCGAGGAAAAGGAUGAAGUGUUAAAAAUAACCAAAAAAAAAAAAAAAUUAAGACUAAUACCAACCCCCCCACCCCCAAAAAACCAACCACCACCGAGCAAAAAAAAAAAAAAAAAAAGCAAGCAACCUUAUUUGCAGCAACAGCUGCGAGAGACUCCAACCUUGAUGCAAAAAGGCGACUAGAAAGAGGCGCUCGGGGCUGAUGCAUCAUCAGUCUCCGAGACUCUGCGAAGGAGAAGCGGGAGCGAGAAGCAGCGGUGCAAUUUGGAGCGCGGCUUUGCAAGGGGCUGGUGGAGAGAGGAGAGAGAGAGAGAGAGAGAGAGGAGGAAAAAUAGCCCUCGCAAAUCAUCAAGCUGGCUCACCCGGCGGCAACUCCGAGCAGCCCCCUCGCUCCUGGCGUGCACCCUUUCUGGAGGACUGUCAGCAGCAAAAGGAUGGCAUCAGAACUGGCAAUGAGCAACUCCGACCUGCCCACCAGUCCCCUGGCCAUGGAAUAUGUUAAUGACUUCGAUCUGAUGAAGUUUGAAGUGAAAAAGGAGCCGGUGGAGACCGAUCGCAUUAUCAGCCAGUGCGGCCGCUUGAUCGCUGGGGGAUCCCUCUCUUCCACCCCGAUGAGCACGCCCUGCAGCUCGGUGCCCCCUUCCCCGAGCUUCUCGGCGCCCAGCCCGGGCUCUGGCACGGACCAGAAGACCCACCUGGAAGAUUAUUACUGGAUGACCGGCUACCCGCAGCAGCUCAACCCAGAGGCGUUGGGAUUCAGCCCCGAGGACGCGGUGGAAGCGCUGAUCAACAGCACCCACCACCCGCUCCAGAGCAGCUUCGAUGGCUAUGCUAGAGGGCAGCAGCUGGCCGCCGGCUCCGGGGGCUCCAUGCCCGGCGAAGAGAUCGGCUCCGCCGCCGCCGUGGUGUCCGCGGUGAUCGCGGCGGCCGCGGCGCAGAACGGGGCCCCCCACUACCACCACCACCACCACCCGGGCGGCCACCACCACCACCCGCCGCCGGGCAGCGGGCAGUCCAGCAGCAGCAGCAGCAGCAGCAGUAGCAGCAGCAGCAGCAGCAGCAGCACCGGGGGAGGCGGCGGCGGCGGCGGCGGGGGUCUGCACCACCAGCACCACAGCAGCAGCCUGCAUUUCGACGACCGCUUCUCGGAUGAGCAGCUGGUGACCAUGUCCGUGCGGGAGCUGAACAGGCAGCUCCGGGGGGUGAGCAAGGAAGAGGUCAUCCGGCUGAAACAGAAGAGGAGGACCCUCAAAAACAGGGGCUAUGCCCAGUCCUGUCGCUUCAAGAGGGUCCAGCAGAGGCACGUCCUGGAGUCCGAGAAGAACCAGCUGCUGCAGCAAGUCGAGCACCUCAAGCAAGAGAUCUCCAGGCUGGUCCGGGAGAGGGACGCCUACAAGGAAAAAUACGAGAAGCUGGUCAGCAAUGGCUUCAGAGAAAACGGAUCCAGCAGCGACAACCCUUCCUCUCCAGAGUUUUUCAUGUACCCGAGAGAAUCUUCUACAUCGGUGAUGUGAAAAUCCCUGUUGCCUGAGGUCAAAAAAGGCCUUGUAUUGUAUGAACAGACAUCAGAGUUUCUUGCCCGGUCAUGGAGCUGACAACACCAAGGAUGAUUUUUGCAGGGAAGAAGUACAGCCGGGAACAGUGAACCCUCCUUCCAGAGUUUCCCGAGGGCCUUGGCAAUGCACGGGGCAGGCCAGAAUAGGACUCUUCCACUGCAGGUCCCCGUACGGGGUUUAUGGACUGCGGCAUUUACCGUUGCUCUGCCCUUAGACUGAGACUCAGAUGUACCUUACAGCCGUGCUGACACGGCACGGUGGCUGCCGUAAAUGGUUUUCUCUGAAUGUUCAUUCAUUUGUGUUUUUAAGGGAAUUUGCUUCAGCUGUCUCUGCUUCUGCCUUCUGUCUGAGCUUUAAAGCAAAUGACUUUAACUAGCGGGAGUGUUCACUGAAAGGGCUUCCCAGAGACAAAUAUGCAAAUGUUCGUGGGAAAAUUCAUUUUAAAUUUGCACGUGACAGAAGACUCCAGCUAUUCAUCCAGUCAGGAAGACAGAAACAACUGUCACGUGAUUUAGCUGACCAGUCGCAACCUGAAUAUUUGCAUGCGUGCAGUCAGCCUAUUGUAAACUUUGGGGAUAUUGGUUGAAUCAAUUCAAGCAGCAAAUAUGUGUAAUGAAAUGGCAAUCUGCUUGUGGAUAUCUUGUGCAUAGAAAAGAGACUACAUGUGUUGAAUAAUUUUAUCACGGGAAAUUAUUUACCCAGCAAUGCUGACACCCAGGUAUUUCUUUUGAGCCACUUGCAGCAUAUAGUAGGAAUCUGCGGUGUAACCAUAAUAGGAUCGUAAUUUGGCUUUGUGUUUGAACAGUUUCUCUAUCUCUAGGCACUUGAUUAAAUAGAUGACAAAAACCAUACCCCGUCAGGUUAAGUGACUUGCCCACAGUCAUAAAGCAGUUCAGUGGCAAGGUAGCAAUAAAUCCAAAAUCUCCUCAUUUCAGACAUUAGUUGUAGCCACCAGAUGGAACUGCACCUGUCUGGACAGAUUAUUCUCUGUGGAUCGGAUCAGGAUUCAGAGCAGGAGUCUGGACCUUGUCUCAGUAUAUCCUUGGGAAGGUCACAUCUUCUCCAGGUCUUAAUUUUACCCACUUGUAAUAACAGCAGAGAGCAAUUUUGUGGGGAUUCAGGUUUUCAGAGUUGUGAUGGGUUCUUUAUGUCUGAAGUGCUUAAAUCAGGAUUGGAUAUUUUGCUAAAAUAUACGUCCUCACUCAACCAGAAGCCAUGGAUGGGCUGGACAAAAAAAAUGUGUAGGGAAAUUCUUUGGCUUGCCUGGUGCAAGAGUUUGGCUUAGAUGAUCUCUGAAUCUUUGAGGUUGAAUACUCUUUAACUGCUUUCUGUUCCUCAAAUGCAAGGACACUACAAAUGUAGUACAAAAUAUUAGCCUUUCAGACUGGGCCAUGUAGGGCAGGGAAUACUUUUUUCCUCCAUACAUCUGCCUAAAAGUAUUUGCCACUAAUGAAAUAACGUGGAGGCCAAACAACUCCAUUGGAUUCUAUGGCCAGAGAAGAGCACACAGUAAUGUUUGAGCUAAAUGAAUGCCAACAAACAGAGGUUGACAAAGUAUUUAAAAGAUAAACUAGGCCCAUGUUACUGAGUACUUUUAAAGGAAGCAAUAAAAUCUUAAACAUUGAUUUGGUACUUUACUGGAAGCCAACAGAGAUUGAAAAUAGUGGUUCCAUGCUGAAACGUGUGGCUUCAGGAAAAAUCCUUGUAUUUGGGUGGGAUAGAUCUCUCUCUUCUGGGAUCCCUGCUACGCACAAAGUGGGGCAGAGUUAUUGGUUGCUAUUUCCAAGGUCUUCUUGUCUGCCAGUGGUUUCAGACAAAGCCUUUGGUAUGGUGACCAAAGGAUGUUUUCAGAUACGUACACAUUUGUGCAUGCACACACAUGUGCACACGUGUGUGCACGCGUGUAAAUGCAUCCAUGGAAAGUGCCUAUCUUUGGAGAGCAUCAAAACCAUUAUUGCUGCAUGGAGCAAUUCUGUGUAAUCCCAUGGUAUUCGUGAUGGGAAAUCUACUAUCCAAAGGUGCCCUCUCCAUUUACUGGUGCUCCAGCUAGCUCCAUUGCUUUUUUAAGGCACGGUUGGGGCAACAGUUCUCCGGCCAACAGUGUAGACCAAGGGUAUCCCACCAGAGCCAGGACAGUUGGCAGUCCGAGCUCUUGUACAUGCUGUGUGAAAUGCAUGCCGUUCCCCUGAGCUUACAGACACAGUUACAAAUGAAGCAAAAAAUGGCAGGAAUGACAUUCUCAUGCUAACUUUAGUGCGUCCCCAUUUGUAUAGCUGAUGUUAUGUCAUCAAGUCCACCUGGCUUUUCAGGCUCUACUAACUUGGCCAGAAAAAUACUGCUGUAGGCUGAGACCUUAGCACGGAAGAUUUCAGGUCUAUCAUCACUUUCUAUUUACCUGUUUAAUCAGGGGUAACGUCCAUUGGGGCAUUUUUAAGUGAUUUUAGUGGAAAACCUGAGAUUGCAUGGGUGUAAAGUGCUUUUUAGUUUGCCUUGGCAUAGCUUUAAAAUCGAUGUUUAAAAAGCACUUGGCUGUGAAUAAACAUAAUAGAGUAAAAUGGCUGCACAUGCCAUUUAACACCAAUGGCUUCCCCGCUAAUCUGUGCAGGGAGAAGCAGCUGAAAGCUUGGAUCUCUCCCUUUCUCCUUACUCCCUCCGUGUGGACUCGGUUACAUCUCCCUCAUUAGUUCCCUCUUCCCCGGUGCCCUGUGAGCAGAGGGCUGUCUGGAAAGAAUGAGGUAGGUUAUAGGUUGGCUUGGGGAAACUUUUCAUAGUCCCCUCCAGUAAAUCUGCAGAGACUUUCCUAGGCUCUGGAAGCCCUCCAAACUAAGCACCUCGUUUUUCAUGGUAUCGCUGGGGUGGCCGCUAGGAAAAGACAUGCAAACAGUCUGAUUCCAGUCAAGCUCUUGGUGGUGGUAGUCAUGGUAGGAGAUGGAUGAUCCUGGCCUUGCACUGAUCCCCAAAGCUCUGGUAGAGCUUUGGAGGUUCAUAUAUCCCUUGCCUUGUCCUGUGGCAUUUUCUGGCCCCAGACAGUAUCAGUUCAAAGAGGAAACAAUCUGGUUCUUCACCAUUGAAUUAAAAUUCACUGUUGUUUGAGGUUCUUAAUUUGUGUAAAUGAUCUCAUUUGUUCAUCCUCUCAUUUCCAGAGGAGUUGGUUGCUACAGCAGUUGCACACCUCAAGCAUGCAGUGCAUGCCACGAUGCUAAGUUGUUGGUGUGUGUGGCUUUUCCAGGGGAUACUUGCAAGUGAUGGUUAAUAAACUUAACAGAACGCUAAAUAAUUUAGGCCCAAAGUUUGGAUUUUAUAAAAAUUGGGACUCCCCGUACUUAAUAUGAAUAUGAGUAUUUUCUUUUUUUUUUUUUUUAUUCCGUGAUAAAAGGUUGUUCGAGUGGGCUUUCAUUUGCAUUUAGGUGUUUCCCUGUUCAGUUUUGGGAAUCCAGAAAAAACAGAAUCUGGCUAGGACUUGGAAGCUGGAAAUGAGACUAAAAACUAAGCAAAGCUAACGAGUCUAAUUUCCCUCUUGGAACUGAAUUAAAUGUAAAGGAACAUAAAUAAUGGCAAAUAAAUUGGAGUACAACCAUG